AUGAAACGCGUAGAAACCAGAGUGCAACAAUUUCGCGGCUCAGAAUCAAUAUCGCUUACCCGACCAUGGAAUACCACAAGAAACCAUGCCUUCCGGCCUAUGCCAGGCCCACGCGCAUUGGAAACCGCCAGCACCCCAGCACAUGUCUCGGAAUACAUGGGAAAGAACGUGCGGGAACCAUCAGACAUUUAUCGCGCAUGGAAACCCAUUUCAGCGAACGAAAUCGCUACUACUACUAAUAAUGAUACGACGAAAUUGGUGGAAGGUACAGCACAUCUAUCCGCCUAUGGAGGCAAGCACGAGGAGGAGUCGCCGAUAAACCUGCGGAGACUUUCAUAA